AUGGCUCAACAGCGAGGACAUGGGAUGGGAGAUUCGCUCAAGGCAGCGCAUUCGGUGAGCUUGAAGGUGCUGCGAUUAUCUCGUCCAACGCUUGCUACGCAGCAUCCGCUCCCCAACUCCAAAGACGUGGGGAUAUCGCCCCAAGCCUCGCUGGCCUACCCCUCAGCAAGCAACACGGACGAUGCGUUCAUUCUCAGCCCAGUGCUGAACCUUCCUGAAGCAUUCGGAAGCGCGUAUGUCGGCGAGACGUUCUCGUGUACGCUUUGUGCAAACAACGAAGUGGAUGCGGCGGACAGUACAAAAGCAAUCAGCGGGGUGCGAAUGCAGGGGGACAUGCAAACACCUUCCGACCCUACCGGAUCGCCGCUGGACCUGACGGGCAUAGCUGAAGAAGCCACAGACACAAGUCCGGGGCCGGGGGAGUCGCUGCAGCGCAUCCUAAGGUUCGAGCUGAAAGAGGAGGGGAACCAUGUGCUAGCGGUGACGGUCACAUACACGGAGACGGCUCUAGGAGAAGGAAAGGCAGCUAGUGGACGCGUUCGGACUUUUCGAAAACUGUACCAGUUUGUGGCGCAGCAGCUACUGAGCGUCAGGACCAAAGCUGGCGAGAUUAGCCCCAAGGGCGGGUCGCGCAGAUACCUCUUGGAGGCGCAAUUGGAAAACAUGGGGGAGGCGGGCGUGUGUUUAGAGGCCGUUGACGUGAACCCGAAACCACCCUUGAAAUCGACGUCGUUGAACUGGGAUCUGCAGUCGCCAGGGGUGAAUGCGCCGGUGCUGAACCCGCGCGAUGUGGUGCAGGUAGCAUUCCUGGUCGAGCAGCAAGCCGGGGACGAGGGCGAAGUCGAGGACUCGCAGACGGAAGACGACAAGAGAGUGCUGGGCCAGCUGGCGAUACAAUGGCGCAGUGCAUUGGGUGAUAGGGGCUCGCUCAGCACGGGAUGGCUGACGGCUCGUCGGUCAGGAUGACAUUGUUCGAUAAGGUUUGGGUGACGGACAUGUAGAUGACGAGCGGCGCAACCAGUUGUGGACGAGCGGAUUAACACUCGUGCCGACGGUUUGAGAGGCGGUUGUUGAGGUCGCCGGGGAGCGGAUUAGGGUGGCAGCUAGUCGGAAGCAGCUCCGAGGAAUAGCAUGGCGGAUGAUUGGAGCGUCGUGGGGCUGCGAGAUUAGGCAUCAAAAGCAAGCGGCAGGCAGGGUCGUGGUGUGGAUGCAUUGGGCGCAUCCAUGUUGUGGCGGGGACGAGAAUGGCAGCUGGCCAGGCAUUGUUGCGGCUCUGCGGGAGAUUGCGUUGGGUAUAAGAGAGCAUGUAUAGCGGUGCCAGGUGGGAGGG